AUGGUGAAGCAUAACAACGUCGUGCCGAAUGCUCACUUCAAGAAGCACUGGCAGAACUAUGUCAAGACCUGGUUCAACCAGCCUGCCCGCAAGACCAGAAGACGCAAUGGUAGGCUGUUCCUGCUCGAUUCCCCUCCUGAACAGUCGUCUGAUGUUUCUUUCCGUCUUUAGUAUUCUACUGGUUUCGGCGACGUCAUUAACAUUUCCAUGUCGUCAUCGCAGCAAGGCAGAAGAAGGCCGUGAAGAUCUUCCCCCGCCCGACGUCUGGACCGCUGCGUCCUAUCGUCCAGUGCCAGACUCUCAAGUACAACAUGAAACCCCGAGCAGGGAGAGGCUUCUCUCUCGAGGAGCUCAAGGUACGAGAGUAGUAUCUUCUUGUUUCUAUAUUUCCUUCCGUUUGCAUCUUGGCCAUGAAUGAAUUAUAAUUAACCACCGAGACUUCAGGUUUUAAGUUUUCCAGUUUUCCGCUUCAAAGUUCGUAAGGAAUCCAUCGAUGGCCUGGUUCUCCCCCGCAGAGCAGCUUAUUUAUGAUCUGUGUUAUGUUUCUCCACAGGGCGCAGGAAUCCCCAAGAAGCUCGCCCCAACCAUCGGCAUUGCAGUGGAUCACCGCCGCAAGAAUCGCUCCCUGGAGGGCCUGCAAGCCAAUGUCCAGAGGCUGAAGACGUUCAAGGCUAAGCUCGUGAUCUUCCCAAGGCGUGCGGGCAAGUUCAAGGUAACACAAAAAGGGAUGUUCUUAUACGUAGAUUUGCUAGAUCUUUUCUGGUGAUCUGCUUCAACGGUUUUUUGAGCAACAUUUUCUGAUCAUCUGCGCAUUAUAGGCGGGUGACUCUGCCCCCGAGGAGCUUGCGACUGUGUCUCAGGUCCAUGGCGAGUUCCUCCCCGUUGAGGGAGGGAAGCCCUCUGUGGAGCUCGUGAAGGUGACCGACGAGAUGAAGGCCUUCAAGGCGUAUGCCAAGAUCCGAGUUGAGCGGAUGAACCAGCGCCAGGUCGGCGCGAGGUUGAAGAAGGCCGCCGAGGCGGAGAAGGAAGAGAAGAAGUAG